AUGGGUGAAGCAUAUUGCUUUGUAACUUAUGUUCCUGUUCCACAAAUUGAACAAGUAAAGGAAGCCUUAUGUGCAGCAGGAGCUGGACGUAUUGGUAACUAUGAUUGCUGUAUGUGGCAAACACUAGGUACAGGCCAAUUUCGCCCACUUGAAGGAUCUAACCCAUUCAUUGGUAAACAAAACAUUGUAGAACAUGUUGAAGAAAUCAAGCUUGAAAUGGUUGUUACUAGAGACAAAAUUCAAGAUGUUGUUGCUGCUUUAAAGAAAUCGCACCCUUACGAAACUCCAGCUUACCAAUAUUGGCUCUGCCACAUUAAAUAA